AUGGAAAAUCAGUUUCAUGAAAGUGGAACAAAUACGGAAUUACCACUUUUUGAUCUAACCACCAUUGUCGCCGCCACUGACAAUUUUCCUUCCUCGAACAAGCUCGGUCAAGGUGGCUUUGGAACAGUGUACAAGGAUCAACUACACAAUGGACAAGAAAUAACGGUCAAAAUGUUAGCGAAAAAUUUGGGCCAAAGGGUGAAGGAAUUCAAGAAUAAAGUUACACUUAUUGCUAAACUCCGACAUAGAAAUCUAGUGAGACUAUCGGCAUGUUGCACUCAACAAGACAAGAAAAUGUUGAUCUAUGAAUGCCUUCCAAACAAAAACUUAGACCCUUUCAUCUUUGAUAUGCUUAAUUUUUGGAAUUGA